CUUACAGACAUCAAGCACCGCUCUGUUAUCAACCGCUACGCAUCCUGUAGCAUGGCCGUUGGAAUGAUGCUUGCUGGUCUGGUGUCUUGGGCGCUGCCCAACUGGAACUAUUCCAUAUCAUUUGCAGCCCUCAGUUGUUUUGCCCUGUUCUUCUUCUUCAGGUGGUUUCCGCAGUCCCCGCGCUGGCUGGCUUGCAGGGGUCGCGAGCAGGAGGCACUGGCAGUGUUGCGUGACAUCGCGACCACCAACGGCUCCACUGUGCCUGCAUUUGCCUUGCAGGUUAUCCAGACCGUGGGCAACGGCAAGGCGGACAGGACAGGCUUCCUGAGUAUAUUCUCCAGCUGGAACAUCUUUAAGAACACCACGAUCCUCAUCAUCGCCAGGUCGGUGCACCUGCUGACCACGUACUCACCGGUGAUAGCGGUGAGUCAGCUGAGUGCGAACCCUUUCCUGGGAAUAGUGGUGCAGGGUGCAGCCCAGUUCCCCUCCUACUACUUAGUGAACUACUGUGCAGCAAGGUUUGGCCGCCGUUGGUGUGGCGUGGCCAGUGCACUGUUGGCUGCAGCGACCAGUGCCAUCAUAUUCUGUCUGCUAAACGUGAACAUCACGGGCACAGCCAUCAUGGUGGUGACCAUGUUGAUGCAGUUCAGCACCACAGCCACCAUCAGCAUGGCGAACCUGCAGAGUGCCGAGCUGCAUCCAACGUGCCUGCGUCAGAUCGCAGUCAGUGUCGAAUGGGGCAUCGGCGGGAUCGCCCUGUCUGCUCUACCCUACCUAGCCUUGAUGAGUGACAAGCGACUUGCCUUCGCCAUCAUCGCAGCCAUGAAUGUGGUGGCAGCGUUUUGCAUGUCGUUCCUGCCGGAAUCUGCGCUGCAACGUUUGCCAGAGACACUACAGGACGGCGCCGUCUUUGGCAGAGGGCAACGCUACUGGAGCUGGAAGCCUAAGCCACCAUCAGAGUAUGCCACAGAAUCAAGCGGUUCCAAUUGUCAAAAUUUGAUCCCUGUCAAUUGAUGGUGUAUCUAACCUACACUCACUAUAGCGAACUGUUAGUAGAGUCAUUUGUACUUUAAUCUUAAUCAGCAAAUGAGAGAUUAGUUUGACUACAAAUAGGACAAGGAAGGAGUGUUUAUUCAUUGGAUUGUAAAAGUUAAGAAACUAUU